AUGGGGCAGAACAGCAGCCAACCCCAUGCGGAGGGUUUCAAGCACCCCGACAGCGACGAAGUCGACCCAGACAGCCCUGGUCUAUACUCGGUUCCGCCCUAUCCCGGCGCGACCCAGCAAGAUUCCUCUGAUUUCACUUUCUCAAGUCAGAUUCCUGGCGCGGCCAAUCGCGACCUCAAGGUCGAAUUCACAAGUUCCUCCCCCACACGCCGACCGACUGAGACUAUGGCCCCGCCGCCCAAUGGACUCAACAUGUCCGACCUUUCUCCCUCGCAUCAGCCAUCUGAAUCUUCCGGUGCUCUGAAGUCCAAAAAGGGUCGUCGAGUAAGGAAGCAAACCAACUCUACCCCGCGCCCAGCCGACGACAAACGCCCAUUCAUCCCCCAUUCCUCGCUCGAUCUCGAUGCACCCACAGACAGCAAUGGCGUUGGAGACGUCACGGGUCUGCUGACUGUUGGCUCUGCCGGUCUACAAAGCGACGUACAGGAUGAUGUCGAUAUGAACCAAGGUGCUAGCCAGAGUGCGCUCGGUGUGAACGGCGCCUCUUCACAAGGUGAUGCGAUCUCUGAAAAGGAGCUGCGCCGCCAACAGAAGAGGGAGAGAAAGGAGCAGAAGAAAGCAGCAAAGCUGGCAAAGCAACAGUCCCAGGCAGAAGCAGAUGCCUCGACUUCCUCUCAAGUCCCUGGACCUAGCAAGUAUGCUGCCCAUUGGGAUGCUCACGCCAGUGGUCCAGCCAGAUACGAAGCCCCCGCCACCGACUCUGAUCCACUGGUCGACAUGGACAUGGACGUGGACGAGGAGCCACAGGAUGAGACCGAGCUUCCAGCCCAUUCCUCUAAAAAGCGCAAGCGCAAGUCGAGAGAUCAAAUAAAGGCUGAACCACAGCCAGAGAGCGACUCGGACCAACAUGCCACCUCAAACUCCCAGCCUCCUGCUGACGAGCUCCCCGCUGUACAACAAACCAACAGCAACAACGCCACACCAACUUCAGACGAUGUUCGCCAGUCCUCCAAGAAGCGUAAGUCGAGCGGUUCAGGCGGACGGAACAAGAAGAAGCACAAGCACCACCAUUACAAGCCCGCUGAUUUGGGUCUCGAGUCUGCCGAGCCGGAAGACAUUGAUGGAGACAUCCCUGCUGACGGAGUUAUCGCCGAUAGUCAAGCCCAUCGUUCCAAGGGAAAGGACGAUGUCAAUCACCAGCGUGUUGUUGAUGACGAAGAGGGUUUCAGUCAAUUUGCUGAGCAACUUUACAGCGGGCGCAAGGAGGGUACGACCCAUGAUGCUUUGCAGAAUGGACUUGAGCCCGCCAACUCAAUGGAACUUUCUCCGAGCCGGGCUCGAGCACAACGCAAACAUCGAAACUCAUCCAAGUCAGUUAAGGCUGCUGCACCAGAGUCAGAACAUGACACUUCGAGCGAGAAUGGCGAUCAUGCCAACCGUAUGGAUGUCGACAAGAGGGACAAGGGUGAACAGGGUGAAGAGGAUGAGCCAGAGAAUUAUCGAGAUACCGAUGCCGAUGGGGACUACGACAACAACGGUCCGCAGAGUGACGGUUCGUCCCAGGAAUCCGGAUCAGACACUGGCCCCUCGACCACCUCUUGGCGUAAACCCUCAAAUGAGGUGGAAGAUCCCGCCAAUACCUCUGGCGACGUAUCAGACGCCAACCCUGGAGUCACUAAAUUCGAAGCUCCGUCUUCGGAAUCAGGAGAUGAUCAGCUUGCCUACCGUCACGCGUCCCACGCUUCCAAUAACGACUUGCAAAGUGCUGAAGUCGCUGUGGUCGCACCAGACAUCGAGAAUCUGCCCAAUGGUGUCUCAAAUGAUGAGGUAGAGGUUCCAUCUUCAGUGCCUCGUCCAACCUCAGUGCCUCAUCGAAUACCCACGCAAGCCGAGGCAGGCCCUAGCAGCCAUGGACGUGCUAAGACCACGGGACGGAAGCGUGUUGCCAAGCCUUCCUUCUUAAGCGAGUCCAAAGAGUAUCCGUCUCCGGCUGCCGCUGCUGCUUCCCGCAGGCAGCUUCGGGGCCAACAUUCUGCAGAGGAUACUAACGUUGCUGUGGCUGGCCCAUCAAGGGCAGCUACAAAGAGCAAGCAACCUAAGAUCUCGACCAUCCUCAAAGGCAAAACUGAAGAUAGCCCCGCAUCGUCAUCCAAGCGUAUUGCUCGCAAGAAACGGACUCCUAAGUCCUGGGAUACUCUGAAGGGCCCCUUCAGUGAUUUUGAGCUUCGCAAUAUCAGGGAGGCGGUGGAGCGCUGGCGGGAUGAUAACAACAAGACUCAAUUCGAAGUGAAUGAGUUGAUCCAAGGCAACCCUAGAGAGGUCGACUCAAAGGAUAUGUGGGACCAUAUAGCGGCGACUUGUGAUAACCGCCCGCGACAGAAGGUCAUCAACCUGUGCCGCCGCAGAUUCCACAAUUUCGUUGCUCGUGGUACUUGGACUCCGGAGCAGCACCAGGAAUUGAAGGACAUGUAUAACGAGCACGGCAUGCAACAUGCCAGAAUUGGCAGGCUCAUCAACCGCCACCCAGAAGACGUACGAGAUCGCAUUCGCAACUACGUCGUCUGUGGGGACAAACAACGUUAUGACGCGUGGGACCACGAAGAAGAGGAGAAACUUACACAACACGUCCUACACUCGAUCGACGAGAUUCACAGCAAUCCCGAGAAGUACAUCUAUACUACUCUCCCCGAAGAGAUAGUUGACUGGCAACUCAUCAGUGAGAAGAUGGGACGAACCCGCAGCCGACUCCAGUGCCAAGCCAAGUGGAAGAAAGUCAAGGCCAAGAUGGAAGGUGGGAAUAUUGACGGCGUCUCCGCGCCCGUUGAUAAGAUGAUCGAGAAGGCGCGAGAAGAGGCAGUGCUCAUGUCUCACCGACACCGUUACACCGUCAUCAAAGCCGUCAAAGCUUCCGAGGCCAACGCUGACAGCCGUAUAUCCUGGGCCGGUGUUAGAGCAGAGGUCGUCGAUCAGUGGCCACGUCCUACUCUCAUACUGGUCUGGCACCGGCUCAGACGUUCUAUCCCUGACUGGAGAAUCAUGUCUGUCCCUGAGGUCUGCGAUCAACUGGUUAAGCGAUACAAAGAGACUCGCACUCUCGACUAUCUCGCGGAUGAGGACCUGGACCUCGAUGCUGAGCAUCGCGAGGUGGAGUACAAGUUGAGGAAAAUCCUCAGGUCUAACAAUGCGCCGAAAACACCUCGUCUUGUUAAGUCAGGUGAUGACGAAGAUGAUGACGAGGAGGGUGACGAGGAGGAUGAUCAAGAGGAUGACGAAGACAACGACGAUCAGCUCGAGGACCAAGACAAGGACGCCGAGAACCAGCCUGAAGACCAAGACCAGGACAUGGAGGACGAGCCUGAGGACGGACCCGCCAAGGUCCAAGAGUCUCGGCCUCGAGCACGCGGCAGCAGUGUUGAUCUAGGUGUCGACUCGGACUCUGGCAACGGUGAUGACGAUGAAGGUGACAAGUCUGAGAUAGAAGACUCGGACCCCGACGUUAAAGGAAAGCAGCGCGCGAAGGCCAAGCAUAGCCGUGCCACCUUUGAGCGUAACUCGUCUGCCGAUGUUCCGCCCGCCUCUACUGCGAAGUCGAACGAAACUCGACAAAAAGGCAAGGGCAACAGUACACCCGCCAAGUCCACCCCGUCCAAGAAGGCCAACAGGAACUCUCAUACCCCUGGCGAAGGACAGCGGGUCUCAGCCAAGAAGAUAAUAUCCCGCAAAGGCAAGGCGAAGAACCGACGGCGCCCUGUGCUUCAGCAUGACGAUGUGGAUGAUCUGAGCAGCGAUACCAAUGCAAGCUCGGUCUUGAGCAUCCCUGCUCGUUGA